GGCAGCUGCCGAUGUGUGCGCGCCUUCUGUUAUCCACAAAAGUUUUCAUGUUUUGUGCUUUUCUUUGUUUACUUAAACGAAAGUACUUUUUCUUAGUACGCGGUGAGCAAUACAUUUCGUGCAUUCCAUAGUCUUAAUAUUUUACUUAUUCGGAGAAAGCCCAUAUCUCCGGGGUCAAAAGGUCUAGAAGGUUUACAAUUGAGACGUGGCGCUUGGCACACGUGGAGAAAAUCUACACACCUGUGUGCGUAGUUUAAUAGAGCUUAAAGUUCUCGUUCGGAGCUCUCCGGAGUUACCGAUGUGGCUCUGGGAUUAUAUUAUGCUAAUCAAACAGCGACGGGAGUCGCGGCGCAAUGUCAGAGUUCCCCUGGUUUACCUAGGCACAGUUGCUUCUGGUUUUUGCGCUCUCUACCUAGUCUUCGGCUGGGGCGCCCAGCUGCUGUGCAACAUCAUUGGAGUGCUAUACCCCGCAUAUAUCUCCAUCCAUGCAAUCGAGUCUAGCACAAAGCAGGACGACACCAAAUGGCUGAUCUACUGGGUCACAUUUGGAAUCUUUACGGUGAUUGAAUUUUUCUCCAGCCUGCUGACUUCCGUGAUUCCCUUCUACUGGCUGCUGAAGUGUGUCUUCCUUGUCUGGUGCAUGCUGCCCUUUGAGCGCAACGGUUCCACCAUCAUCUACCACAAACUGGUGCGACCCUACUUUCUGAAACAUCACGAAUCCGUCGACAGGAUCAUUGACGAUGGCAUGAAGAAAGCCGCUGGAGUGCUUAAGCACGACUAGAAAGCCGAUGUGCCGUAGCUCCGCCCGCUGCUCUCUUACCCAUGCAUUUGGUUUAGGGCCUGGUCACCAACCUCACCUCGUAUUGGUUAUGUUUUGCAAUAAAUUUUAAAUCUGUA